AUGUUUGCUGCCGCGGGCCUGCGGCUGUUUGUAAUCAGGUCUCGUGUACCAAAGCGCAUCUACAAUUUCACAGAAGCAUGCAUUGCCCAGAUAGCAAUAGCAGUGCCUGAUGCUCCUUGCAGGAGCCAGGAGCACUGCUCGGCUCCGUGCUCUGCUCUCGGGUACCAUGUCCGCGUGACACCGGCUCCGUGCUCGAGUGCUCGAGUGGCGGCAUGGAAACGGGAGCAAAGCUGCGGCCGUUGCUGUGGGUGUUGCCGGCGCGCGGGCGGCCGUCGGACACUGCCAGCCAGCGGCCGGCGCGGCCUUGAGCGCCGCGGUCGAGCCACCGGUGCGUUUCGUUGCGUGUGCACGUGCACCGGCCAGCACUCGACGCUCACCAGGUCCUCCGCCGCUCGCCGCCGGCAACGUCAGGCUUCUUCUGUACCACCACCACGCGUCACGAACACCAAACCGUCAACGAACGGCAGCUUGAACGAUCCUGCAACCAAACCGUCACGUCACGAACACCAAGCGUCGCGGACUCGCGAUUGCAGCAACCGAACAGCCAUCACAUCGCGCGCCGCCGCGAAAUCUCUCCUUCCUUCCAGGUUCCAAGCCAAUGCCGCGCCGCCGCGAGCCCAAACCUGCGAUGCCGCGCCGCCGCGAGCCCAAACCUGCGAUGCCGCGCGGCCGCGCGGCCGCGGGCCGCCCCGGCCCCUCCGCCCUCCUAGCGACCGCGAACGUCGCCUCGCCGAGGAGGUCCUCCACCUCCACUCCCUCUGGCGCCGCGGCCCUCCUCCCGCCCCCGCCCCCGCCCCAACCCAAUCCCGCUUGGCCGACCGCAAAACCAAAACCACUGGCCACAAGCGCCGCAAGCUCGACGGCGCCGCCCCCGCCGCCGCCGAGUGGGUUCCCGCGCCGCCUCCGCCCAAUUCCUCCCCGAAAACCUGGACCGAGGCGGCCCCGUCCUCCUCCACCCCAGCGAAGCCUCCGCCGCGGCCGACCUCCCCCGGCACGCUCGCGCACCAGAAGGCCCUCCGCGCCGCGGCGGAGUUCUUCUCCAACCGUGGCGCUUCCUCCUCCUCCUCCUCCGACGACGACUCCGACUCCGACUCCUCCGAUGACGACGAGGAGAGGUCCGAGUCGGAGGGCGAACAGGACGCGGUGGGGUUCCUCACGGGCUUGUUCGAGCGGGACGCCGCGCUGCGGGGCCACUACGAGCGGGGCUGGGAGGAUGUGCAGUUCGCGUGCAUGGUCUGCGCCGCGGGGACGAGGAAGGCGCGGCGGUUCCGGGGCUGCGUCGCGCUCGUGCAGCACGCGCGCGACGCCACGCCGCGGUACGGGAGGCCCCGGGCGCACCGCGCGCUCGCCGCCGUCCUCUGCCGCGUGCUCGGGUGGGACGUCGCCAGGCUGCCCAGCAUCGUGAUGGAUCCCCGGGGAACGCUCGGGCAGGCGCUCGCCGCAGGGGCCACGGCCGGUGUUCAACUGGCGAAGGAAAAUGGUGAUACUGGGGAGGACACUGACUCUUCGAGUAAUGAGGAUGAAGAGGAAGAUGUUGAGACAGGGAUGGAAGACUCAAGUACUGAUGACGAUGAAGAGGAGAAUGAACUAGAGAGCAGUGAAGAGUCUGCUGAAAAGGAAGAUGUUGAGACAGGGAUGGAAGACUCGAGUACUGAUGGUGAUGAAGAGGAGAAUGAACUAGAGAGCAGUGAAGAGUCUGCUGAAAAGGAGGAUUUUAAGAAAGGGACACAGGACUGACAAAGAUGAGGCUAUUGACCCAGAUAACAGUGAGAAGUCUGCUGAAAAGGUUUGUAUCAGUUGACUCUGAAACCAUAUAUGUUUUCUCUAUAUCUUCUUAUAUUCCAUUGGUGGAUUUAAUUUGAACUACUAAUGUUGUGCAUGAUGUCAAGGACAACUCUAUAUUGUCCCAUGCAGGAGGAAAUAGAAGAAAUAGGUCCAACGAAUUGCCAAGAGAUUUCUAAAAAUGAAGUGUUUUGUAAUGAACCAGUCCAGGAGGUCAAUGCCAGCAAGGGUGAUUCUUUGAACCAAGGUAAUAAUGGAUUAGUUCACAAGCAAGAGGUUGCUAAAGAAUCUUCUGAACAGGAUAAUACAAACGAUGCAUAUCUGCCAGGCUCCAAAGACGCAUGUAAAAACAAGGAGCACUGUGAAGAAGCUGCUGUCCGAAAGGAAAAAAAUGUUUGCGAGAAUAAAGAGGAGAAUGGUGAGUCUACAAGUUGAAUUCGUCAAAGGCCUGAAAGGUCGGAAACUUAUAAGCAUCUAAUGCCUUCUUGAUAGCUACGUUGCUGUAAUUUAUUUUGGAGCUUCAUUGGAUGGUUAUUGUUUGUCUUGAAGACACAAUGGAACCCUUAGGCUAACUGCUUAGCUGAUAUAGGGUGUGUUUGGUUGGGCUGUGGCUUUUGGAAAAACUGAUGUGGGCUGUAGGCUGUGGAAAAGUAGCUGUGGGUAAGACCAUUUGGUUAGAGCAGCUAUGAAACUGUAGGCUAUGUAAGAAAUACCUGUAAUGUCCCUAAAGGUCUGUGGGUGUGUUUAUAUGCAAAUUGGUCGUAACAAAAUAACGUGUUCACUAAUUCGUAUGUAAAUGACUAUUUUAAAAAGAAAAAAAAAUAAAUUUUAUAUGUGAAACUGAAACUCAAGUGUUCAGUUCAUGAUCGGA